AUGUCACUACUAGGAGACGAUACGCUGGGAGGGAAUUCCGAUCAUUUGAGAUUCAGAGAGUUUAUUGCUGGUGAGCAAUGCGACAAUGACGAAUUGGAAUACUUCAACCAGACUCUUGACUAUUGUUAUAAUACGAUGACAGAGGCAACAGAAUAUGCCUUAUUUCUUGAUCUUAAUAUCAGGGAUAUUCAAUGUUUCAAUGUAGAAACCUGGUUUGAACACGGUGCAGAUUUAUCUGCAAGUGCUAUUGUUGAGUUUCGGCGAGUUUCAGGUGUACGCCACAUUGCCUCCAAAACACUGACAGCCAUUAUCUCCAGAUCCCGCUAUCAGCCCAUCCUCCAACUUAUAUUCUCUUCAAAUCUUUUUGAUUUGGCAACAAGAGGGGCAGCCUAUAUCAAGCCAAGACAGUACUUGGCUAUUGCACUUGCCGAAUCAGAUCUCGACAUGGACCAAAUUCGCGAUGGUAUCACAAUGCUGUUGAGGUUUAAGAGUGCCAGGUACAUGGAUUUAGCAGAUACGGACCAUGGAAGGGAAGUCCGGAAUAAUCGGGAGGUAGUGAGGCAUAGAGAUAUAUUCCAUACCACGAUUGAAAAAUUACGGAACCGACUGUGA